AUGAGCAAACAUGAAUCUGAUGAGCAGGAAGGUAAGAAUUUGAAUUCUUUAUUCCAAAUAAGAUUUUUCAGAAGAUGAAGAUUUUGUAGAAGAGAAGCCACUAGAACCUAGACCAUACAAGACAGAUCAUGAAGAUGAAACAAUUUAGGUAAAAUAAGAAAUUUAUUGAUUAAUAAAGGAAAUCCAAUCUUUUACAGUAAAAGAUAGGCUACUCAUUAAGAUGUAAUUUAUUAAAAAGAGAAAAGAAUUUGGGUAAGUUUUUAAAAUAAAAAUUUAGUUUGACAUUCAAAUUUAGUGAUUAAGAGACAUCAGAAAGAACAGGGGAGAUCAAAGCCUUAGAUAAGGAUCCUCUUUAACUUGUUAAAAAUAAGGUUAUUGAAAUGGGCAUUUAAGGAUGCAAUCCAUUUUAAGACGCAAGUUCUUAGACAGUCUGGAAUAGAAAAAUUAAUAAGGCUUUACAAGUAGAUGAAGGAGAUGAAAGAAAAGAAUAAGCAGAAGAAGAUUUAAAUCUGCGUAAAUUUUUAGAAAUAGUUUAUCCAAUUAUGGAAGAAGCAUUAUAAUCAAAUGAAACUAUUGAUAUAUAUUAAGAUGAUUUCAAUGUGUUACCACUCUCAGAAUAAAAUGGAGGUAUUAUAAUCUCAAGUAUUUUGUUGUAGAUUAAAAUGCUGAACUUACUAAUGUAAUUAAAGAAAUUAAAAGUUUCAGUUAUUUAAAUUGCAAAGGUAAAAAGAUUUAAUGCAUUUAAUUCUAACCAACUAGUUAAGCAAUUAAAUCUAAAUAUAUUGUUGCAGAAUCUUUUGUAGAAAAUCUCCUCUUUGAAGAAAGAGCGAUAUAUUAACUUAAAUCUCAUAAAUCACUUAUAGUAUUUUGGGAUUUUGAAGAUAUUCAUUCUAUAGAACCAGUUCUUCUAUUAUAAUCUCCACUUGAGAUACUUUCUUUUGAAUUUAAUCCAAAAGAUCCUAAUAUUAUAAUAGGUGGAACUAUAAAUGGUUAAGUAAUGUUAUGGGAUCUUAGUGGUACAGCACUUUCUGUCUUUGCUUCUAAAAAAACUUAAAAAACUAAAUAAGAAAGAAGUAUUUAUUAAAUUCUUACUAUUUUCAGAUGAAAUUUAAGAACUUCAACCUAAAAUGGUUUCAGCUUUAUAAGAUCCUGCUUCUUAUUAAGCAGGUUCUUCAAAUGAAGUCUUAAGAAAAUAAGUUGCAUCUCAUAAGAAUUCUGUUUUAGCUGUGAAAUGGUUUCCUAUUGGAAUGGAAUUUGAUAAGAAACAUUUUAAUCAUCUUAUACUUACAUCUUCUUAAGAAACAUAUUAAUUUGCUAGUAUUAGUUCAGAUGGAUAAAUUCUAUUUUGGGAUAGUAGAUUGAUUGAUAAAGACAGUAAGAAAACAUAAUAAGAUGUAUAAAUUAUUGUUAUUGAACUUCUAAUAGAUUUCAACAAUUCCUUGGAAAGCUGCUUAUGGAAUAUAAUUGUAUAGACCAGAAGGUGGAGGAAUGAUGGGUGGAGGAUAAAUUUAAUUUAGAAAAAGUAAUAUAUUUAAUAUAUAUAUAGAUUAAAAAACACCUACUUUAUCAGGAACAUCAGAUGAAGGUGAAGUUUUUAUUUUAGAUUGGGGAGAAAAAUAAGGAGAAGAAGGAUAAAAAAAUUAAUUAGUUUCAUCUAUUUGGUAAUAAUAAAGAAGUAUGAGACCACCUAUUGCUUUGGAUGUAAGUCCAUUCUUUGAAGAUGUUAUACUAACAUUAUAUGAUUUUAAUUUCUGUGUUUGGAAACAUAAUGUUACUUUUCCUAUUUUUGAAAGUCUAAUCAUGAAAUAAGCACAUAUUACUUGUGGUGGAUUCUCUCCUUAUCGUGCUGGUGUUAUUAUUAUAGGAAAAACAGAUGGUAAUUUAGAUGUUUGGGAUAUGCUUGAUUAAUCACAUAAAUGGACUUUAUAAUUUCAAGUAGUUGCAUGUGCUAUUACAUCAUUAAAAUUCAAUGAUAAUAUGGCUCAUAUUGUUGCUGUUGGAGAUUCUGAUGGUACUUUACAUCUACUUGAAUUUCCAUAAAGUUUAUGUAAAGAUUAAGGAAAUGAAGUCAAAGCUAUGAGAUUAUUCUGGGAAAGAGAAGUUAAAAGAGUAAAUUACUAUUCUGAUAGAUUCAAAGUUAGAGAAUAAUAAGCUAAAUAAUAAAAUGAAAGAGAAAUUCAGGCUUAACCUGUUAAAGAAAAUAAAUCAUCUGGAGAUGUAUCAAUAUUUAUAUUAUCAUUUUAUAGACCAAAGUAUUAGAUGAAAUAGCUAACUUUGAAAAUGAAUACUAAAAAUUUAAAGAUGCCCUAUUAGGUAUAGGUAUAAAACCAGAGGAAGAAAAAGGUGCUGCUAAAGGUAAAAAAUGAAC